UAUCCAUCCAGAAUAGCUUCCUGUAGCAAAGUUAAUUUGCUGUCAUCAAGUAGAGCAUGUUAUAAUGUUGACAGUAAUUAUCGUAAAAUACUUAGUAGUGUAUAUCCCACCUUUGGGAGAUCUAAUUGUUGUAGCUAGUUUAUUUAUAUUGAUAAACUUUAUUCAUUUUGUCAGUGUAACAAAUUUCAACACUCAAAUAAUAAAUCUGUACAGUGAUGCAUAAAUAUAACCCAUGGAAAUUCAAAGAAAUAAUGCCUAUUCAUAGGUGAAUAGUACAGCAAAAACCAGUAUUAGUAAAUUAUACCUCUACCUCUAGCAUAUAAUUUUUAUAACUUUAGGACAGAAAAUAAAAGUGUGCCACAGAAAAAUUUGCAUAUGAUGAGAUAACUUUGUGCUACUUCUUUCUUCUUUACACCUAGAGAAUGGGAUAUUACAGAAACUGAGGAGCAUUAUAAGAGUCGAUGGAGAUCUAUUAGGAUUCUGUAUCUUACUAUGUUUCUCAGCAGUGUAGAUUGACCAGACAGCUGAUACAAGUUUUUUGGGCUGGGUUAUUGCUUCAUUUAGUCUUGGCCAAAUGGUAGCUUCACCUAUAUUUGGUUUGUGGUCUAAUUAUAGACCAAGAAAAGAACCUCUCAUUGUCUCCAUCUUCAUUUCGGUGGCAGCCAACUGCCUCUAUGCAUAUGUGCACGUCCCAGCUUCUCAUAAUAAAUACUACAUGUUGGUUGCUCGUGGAUUGGUGGGAUUUGGAGCAGGAAAUGUAGCAGUUAUUAGAUCAUAUAUUGCUGGUGCUACUUCUCUUCAGGAAAGAACAAGUUCCAUGGCAAACACAAGUGCAUGUCAAGCAUUAGGUUUUAUUCUAGGUCCAGUUUUUCAGGCCUGUUUUGCACUCAUUGGAGAAAAGGGCGUGACAUGGGAGACGAUACAGCUUCAGAUAAACAUGUAUACAGCACCAGUUUUACUUGGUGCCUUCCUGGGAGUUUUAAACAUUAUUCUGAUCCUUAUUAUAUUAAGAGAGCACCGUGUGGAUGACGCAGGACGACAGUGUAAAAGUAUUAAUUUUGAAGAAGCAAGUACAGAUGAAGUUCAACUUCACCAGGGAAGUAUUGAUCAGGUUGCUGUGGUGACUACCAAUGUUCUGUUUUUCGUGGUCCUAUUUAUCUUUGCCCUUUUUGAAACCAUCCUUACCCCAUUAACAAUGGAUAUGUAUGCCUGGACUCGAGAACAAGCUGUAUUAUAUGAUGGAAUAAUACUUGCUGCUCUUGGAGUUGAGGCUGUUAUUGUUUUCAUGGGGAUUAAAUCACUUUCCAAAAAGAUUGGUGAGCGAGCUAUUCUGCUGGGAGGACUCGUCGUCAUAUGGGUUGGCUUCUUUAUCUUGUUACCUUGGGGAAAUCAAUUUCCCAAGAUACAGUGGGAAGAUUUACAUAAUAAUUCAAUCCCUAGUAAAACAUUUGGGGAAAUUAUUAUUACUCUUUGGAGUUCUCCAAGAGAAGAUCACAGUGAGGAACCAACUGGUUGCCCAAUUGAACAAGUCUGGUGCCUCUAUACCCCCAUGAUCCAUCUGGCCCAGUUCCUCACAUCAGCUAUGCUAAUUGGAAUAGGCUAUCCAUCCUGCAACGUUAUGUCCUAUACGUUAUAUUCAAAAGUUCUGGGACCAAAACCUCAGGGCAUGUACAUGGGCUGGUUAACAGCUUCUGGAAGUGCAGCACGGAUUCUUGGACCUGUGUUCAUCAGCCAAGUAUAUACUUCCUGGGGCCCACGAUGGGCAUUCAGCCUUGUGUGUGGAAUGGUGGUGCUUACCAUCACACUCCUGGGAGUGGUUUACAAAAGACUUGUUGCGUUUUCUAUAAGAUAUGGAAGGAUUCAAGAGUAACCUAGCUACCUUAGCCAGUUUGGCUCUGUGGUUAGAGCACUGGCCCAUGGACUGAAGGGUCCAGGGUUUGAUUCUGGUC